AUGCAAGACGAGGAGAAAUACCCAGUCGAGCCCAAAGUCGUUGUCGGAGCCAGCGAUAACUCAUCAUCCAGUGCCGAAGAUGAGGUGCCCCCGUACAUGCGAAAUGCGAGCAAGAGGGGCGUCCUGGCCAAGAUGCGCGGGUGGGAAGAGGCCUUGGACCGCAAGAUCGGCGUCGAGACUCACGGAAUAUCGCGACGGCGUCCUGAGGACAGGAACCCAGUAUACGCAUCGUGGAGUAACCAGUCGGUCAUGUUCUUGAUGUGGAUGUCUGCAACAUUGAACCUGAGCUGCUUCGCAACUGGGUUUCUUGGCUGGGAAUUAGGCUUAGACUUAUCGAGAACUAUCACCAUCACGAUUUUCAGCACUCUACUCGGCAGUGCAGUUACCGGGUGGUGCGCGACAAUGGGACCGGGUACAGGCCUCCGCCAAGUGUCCAUUAGCAGGUACUCGAUAGGCUGGUGGCCGAGCAAGCUUAUCGCGGCGCUCAACGUCGUCGAGCAGAUCGGCUGGUCGUCGGUAGGCUGCAUCACGGGCGGUCAGGCGCUGGCCGCCGUCUCGGACGGGCGGCUGGGCUCCGAGCUGGGCGUCAUCAUCGCGGCCGUCUGCGCCUUUGUUGUGUCCUUCGUGGGACUGAAGGCCGUCUUCACCUACGAGAAAUUCGCUGGCCUGGUGCUCGCCGUGGUCUUUGUCAUCAUGUACGGCUUCGCGGGCCCGUCCGCGGACGUCGCCACGCCGACCGCCCUCGCCGGCCCGACGCUGUCCGGGACCGCCCUGACGCUGUUUGCUGUGCUGUACGGCUCCUCGGCGUCGUGGUGCUCGAUUGUGAGCGACUACUACGUCGAGUACCCGGUCGACACCAGUAAGUGGAAGGUCUUCCUGUUGACCACGCUUGGCAACAGCAUCCCCACCUGCUUGGGCAUGAUCCUCGGCUGCAUCUGUGGCUCGGCUCUCAACAACAAGGCCGACUGGCUGGAGAGCUACGAUUCGGGCAUCGGCUACCUCAUCCAGACAAUGGUCCACCCGAUCGGCUUCGCCAAGUUCCUCCUCGUCAUCCUCGCCUUCUCCGGCAUCGCCAUGACAGCUAUCGCAAUGUACUCAGCCGGUCUAUCAGUACAGCAGUUCGCCCGUCCUCUGGGCGUCGUGCCUCGGUUCAUCUGGACAUCGAUCAUGUUCGUCGCUAUCAUUCUGCUGGCGCUGGUGGGCCGGGACCAGCUCCUCACCUUCCUGCAGAACUUCCUCUCGCUCCUCGGCUACUGGAACACGAGCUUCUUCGUCAUCCUGGCCACUGAGCACUACCUUUACCGCGGGGGCUACCACGGGUUCCAGGACUACGACCUCGAGGGUUGGAACAACCCCAAGCGCCUGCCCGUUGGCUGGGCUGGUGGCUUUGCCUUCGCUGCGGGAGUGACGGGUGCUGUCGUCGGCAUGAGCGAGACCUUCUACGUAGGUGUGUUGGCGGCCAAGAUCGGGGAUUCCAGCGGCGAUAUUGGUAAUGAGCUGUCCUUCCUAUUCACACUUGCCGCAUAUGUGCCUGCGCGUUGGGCGGAGAGGAAGUUCACUGGGAGAUAG